ACCCUCCUCCUCGCCGCUCCUCGUUGUCUACAUACACCGCACAUCACACACAUGGCUACUGCAGACGGAGGUGCCUACAGUUACUCCCUCACUGUCUUCUCUCCGAGCGGGAAGCUUGUCCAGAUAGAACAUGCUCUCGCCGCUGUCUCAUCCGGAACGACUAGUCUCGGCAUCAAAGCCUCCAAUGGCAUCGUCAUUGCCACCGAGAAGAAAUCCUCCUCCAUUCUCAUCGACGACUCCAUGAUCGACAAGGUCUCCGUGAUCUGUCCCAACAUUGGCAUCGUCUACUCCGGUAUGGGCCCGGAUUUCCGCAUCCUCGUCGCCAAGGCACGCAAGAGCGCACAGGCGUAUUGGAAGAUCUACGGCGAAUACCCGUCGACGCGAAUUCUUACUCAAGAGAUUGCGAACAUAAUGCAGCAAGCCACCCAGUCAGGAGGUGUGCGUCCGUAUGGCGUAUCUUUGUUGGUGGCGGGGUGGGACAUUACGCGUGGUCCAAGUCUAUACCAAGUAGAUCCAUCCGGUUCCUUCUGGGCAUGGAAAGCAAGCGCGAUCGGGAAGAACAUGGUCAACGCAAAGACGUUCCUGGAAAAGCGAUACAACGACGACAUCAGCUUGGAAGAUGCCAUCCAUACGGCACUGCUCACGCUUAAGGAAGGCUUUGAGGGCCACAUGACAGAGAAGACAAUCGAAAUCGGAGUGGUCACUGUCCCGAGUGAGGCGGAUUUGGCGGCUGGCAAGAUCGAGGGCACAGGGCGGGUGAAGCCCACGUUCCGCAAACUGACAGAAGAGGAGGUACGAGACUAUCUUGCGAUGUAACGGACUGGGGCUCUUGUAUCUCUACGCGCUGUAAGUUACUACACGGUGAAUGCGUGUUUCG